CGGCGAGGGACGCGGGGACGCGGGGACGCGGGGACCCGGCGCCGGAGGCAAGGUGCUAUUUUCAGAAUCCAGGUAGAAUCUAACACAGUAAGACAAUGCCAAGGGAAAAGGAAGGAAAACAAAAAACUAAAGGAACACCCCUGCCCAUCGUUCCAAUUCUUCGGAAGUUCCUGAAAACGUAUGAAAAGCACUGUGUCCAGACGCAGACAGCUGUGUGUCCAGCCAUCAGACAGGACUUGAAAACCAGCAUCAACAACGAACAGAUUCUUAGGAAAUUUAUGCUUGUAAGACCUGGAGACUCCCCAACAAGCGUCUUACCCAUUUCCUUGGAACCUUUGCUCAUGACAAUUCGCGAUGAGUGUUAUAUGCUGGGGAAAGAGAUCUGUAUCUGGAGCCUUCAACUGAGCAACCCAGAGAUUGCCAGACUGGCUUCACUUCUGGAGUUGAAGGGGAGUGCCGCCUGCCCCUUUACCAGCCUGGAGCUCACUGACUGCAGGAUGGAUCUGUGGUCUCUCCGGAGACUCGGGAGGGCUCUGCCAUGCAGCCAUCUGCGUUCUCUCAUCCUCGAUUACAGCAGAUUUGGAAAGGAAGAAGUUGAGAGUCUUUUCUCAGGCCUGGAGAACAACCAGAGGCUUCAAGCCCUCAGUCUGCGCUACUGUGGUCUGGGGCCACAGAGCGGACCCCGGCUGGGUACCAUCAUAUGCCAGACCGCCAUCAGUGAGCUGCACCUCGACGGCAAUUUCUUACAAUGUUCCGGAGCUCUGGCUCUCCUCAGACCCAUCGCGGAGUAUGCAGAGAUGCAGGGGAGAGAGCAGCCAGCCACGGCCCCACCAGACCCUGGGAGUCCCCCUCAUCAGCUGCAGGCCAAACAGAAGGGCAGUUCGGCUUUGAACCAGAUUACAGAGUCACCUGGAACUCUAACACAGAAAACUACUUCAGGGAAGGAGAGGAGGAAAAAAGGAAUCAAGAAAAAAAUUAAAGAUUUGACUGAAGCUGGUCCUUGGUUAGUGAAGUUGUAUCUGGCAGAUAACGGCAUAGACAGAAGAGGAAAAGAAGGAGGAAAUGGCUUGUUGGAAUUCACUCAAAUUUUAACAUGCCUGAUCACAUACUCUGCUCACUUAAGGGAAAUUGACCUCAGAAACAAUGUCCUGGGAGAGAUGGCUGCUGCUGACAUACUUGAAGCACUGAGAGCCAGAAAGACAGGUAAACUCCCAGUCUUAAAAAUUACAGUCACUCCUCAAAUAUCUUCUGAUACCUUCAGAUCUAUUUGGAAAAAUAGCAGGAAAUCUAGGAUUACCAGUAAAAAGAAGAAGAAGGGUAAAAACUGAAUAUGGACGCUCUAUAUCUUUAUGGAUGCUCUCUGUUUCCAUGGCCAACUGGACAUGUGUAGAAAGAUCUUGAUUAUUCUAUAAGAAGAGUUUUCACUGGAGGGGCACCUGGGUGGCUCAGUGGGUUAAGCCUCUGCCUUAGGCUCAGGUAUGAU